ACAAGCUGCCUCGCCAUCAUGAUGCUCGUCUGCAUCUGCAGCGCCUUGCUCGUCGCGGUGUCCGUCGGCAUGGUGAUCGAGGCGCAUUUAAUGGAGCAGGAGCAAGAGCAGACACGGCAGGCAAGGUUCGGCCAGCACCCACAAUACGGAUGCAUGUUCACGGACAAUGAGGUCGACGAUGCCGCGGCUCAAGAAUCACUCAUUCGCCAGCAACGAGAAAUUCCCCGCCACCACACAUCCUGCCACUGCCAGGGACUGGGCCCGGCUGAGACCAGAUCGCGACCGGCCGUGUUGCGGGCUGCGGUCUGGAUGAACAAGUUUGUCGGGAUCGACGCACUACGUCACACAGAUGUGUAUACCGCGCAGGAGCGUGAGUCAUUGCCAACGAUUUGCGGGAACUUGUUCUUCGCGUUGCCGAGGCUCUGCACAAACAUGUCCCUUGGUCCAUUGAGACUGUCAACGCGGAGGGCGGGAGAUGUAGAGGCCGUGCAUGGUGGACUGGAGAAGAGUUAGUCAAAGCGGCGUAGGCGAGGAAGAUGAAUCUAUCGAAUGGGUCACUACUGACGAACGAAGGUAACCGACAAAAGCAAGGGCAUCUGAUAUCCAGGAGGAUACGCGAGAGAAUAGGCACAAACCCCGACCAUGUUGCAUUCUGUAGUGUCAAUAACCCCAGGCAUAAGAGAUUCCGCAGUGGUCCAAUUGGCACUCUGUGUCUGAGCCCGUUUCGCCCACUUAGCCAGCAGUACUGCUAUAGAAUGUGCCUGGGCGUCAUAGGGGCGCAACGAGCGACUGGGAACGAAGCGAGCGGAUUCCAGCCGUCAAUUUAUCCCCUUCCUGCAACCUAUGAUGCGCACAAGAGUUGCUAGCCACCAAUCGGACAAG